AUGUUCACUAAAUAUCGUUCACGCACAGAUCGUUACAUUUUGCAGCUUUGCUGCUUUCUUCUUCAUUUUUUUUUUUUUUCGUUCAAAUGUUUACUUCGAAAACAAGAGGUGGAUGCAGCCCCUCAAAUCGAGCUAAGAAAGACACGGGAAGACGGCUGUUCCUGUCCAAACCCCUUGUGUCUCUUUCUCUAUCUCAAUCUCAAUCUUUCAUUCCCUCUUGAGACGUAUUUUUGUUCUAUCACACCCAGAUUUGUGCCUCUCUCUCUCUCUUCUCAUGAAUUUUGUGUUCUAUUGCAUUUUGUCUCUUUCUAUCUCAAUCUCAAUCUUUCAUUCCCUCUUGAGACGUAUUUUGUUCUAUCACACCCAGAUUUGUGCCUUUUCUCUCUCUCUCUCUCUUUUGUCAUGAAUUUUGUGUUCUUGCACUCAGCCUUGUGUCUCUUUCUCUAUCUCAAUCUCAAUCUUUCAUUCCCUCUUGAGACCCUUGUGUCUCUUUCUCUAUCUCAAUCUCAACCUUUCAUUCCUCUUGAGACGUAUUUUGUUCUAUCACACCCAGAUUUCUUUUUCUUCUCUCUCUCUCUCUCUUUUUUUGUCAUGAAUUUUGUGUUCUAUUGCACUCAGCCUUGUGUCUCUUUCUCUAUCUCAAUCUCAAUCUUUCAUUCCCUCUUGAGACGUAUUUUUGUUCUAUCACACCCAGAUUUGUGCCCUCUCGCUCUCUCUCUCUCUCUCUCUUUUUGUCAUGAAUUUUGUGUUCCUAUUGCACUCAGCCUUGUGUCUCUUUUCUAUCUCAAUCUCAAUCUUUCAUUCCCUCUUGAGACGUAUUUUGUUCUAUCACACCCAGAUUUGUGCCUUUCUUUCUCUCUCUCUCUUUUGGUUGUGUCUCUUUCUCUAUCUCAAUCUCAAUCUUUCAUUCCUCUUGAGACGUAUUUUUUGUUCUAUCACACCCAGAUUUGUGCCUUUCUCUCUCUCUCUCUCUCUCUCUCUCUUUUGAUGAAUUUUUGUGUUCUAUUGCACUCAGCCUUGUGUCUCUUUCUCUAUCUCAAUCUCAAUCUUUCAUUCCCUCUUGAGACGUAUUUUUGUUCUAUCACACCCAAUUUUGCCUCUCUCUCUCUCUCUCUCUCUCUUUUAUUUGUGCCUUUCUCUCUCUCUCUCUCUCUCUCUUUUGUCAUGAAUUUUGUGUUCUAUUGCACUCAGCCUUGUGUCUCCUUUCUCUAUCUCAAUCUCAAUCUUUCAUUCCCUCUUGAGACGUAUUUUUGUUCUAUCACACCCAGAUUUGUCUUUCUCUUCUCUCUCUCUCUCUCUUUUGUCACUGCGAAUUUUCCUUGUGUCUCUUUCUCUAUCUCAAUCUCAAUCUUUUCAUUCCCUCUUGAGACGUAUUUUUGUUCUAUCACACCCAGAUUUGUGCCUUUCUCUCUCUCUCUCUCUUUUUGUCAUGAAUUUUGUGUUCUAUUGCACUCAGCCUUUGUCUCUUUCUCUAUCUCAAUCUCAAUCUUUCAUUCCCUCUUGAGACGUAUUUUUGUUCUAUCACACCCAGAUUUGUGCCUUUCUCUCUCUCUCUCUCUCUCUCUCUUUUGUCAUGAAUUUUGUGUUCUAUUGCACUCAGCCUUGUGUCUCUUUCUCUAUCUCAAUCUCAAUCUUUCAUUCCCUCUUGAGACGUAUUUUUGUUCUAUCACACCCAGAUUUGUGCCUUUUCUCUCUCUCUCUCUCUCUCUUUUUGUCAUGAAUUUUGUGUUCUAUUGCACUCAGCCUUGUGUCUCUUUCUCUAUCUCAAUCUCAAUCUUUCAUUCCCUCUUGAGACGUAUUUUUGUUCUAUCACACCCAGAUUUUGCCUUUCUCUCUCUCUCUCUCUUUUGUCAUGAAUUUUGUGUUCUAUUGCACUCAGCCUUGUGUCUCUUUCUCUAUCUCAAUCUCAAUCUUUCAUUCCCUCUUGUGACGUAUUUUUGUUCUAUCACACCCAGAUUUGUGCCUUUUCUCUCUCUCUCUCUCUCUUUUUGUCAUGAAUUUUGUGUUCUAUUGCACUCAGAUUUGUGUCUCUUUCUCUAUCUCAAUCUCAAUCUUUCAUUCCCUCUUGAGACGUAUUUUUGUUCUAUCACACCCAGAUUUGUGCCUUUCUCUCUCUCUCUCUCUCUCUCUCUCUUUUGUCAUGAAUUUUGUGUUCUAUUGCACUCAGCCUUGUGUCUCUUUCUCUAUCUCAAUCUCAAUCUUUCAUUCCCUCUUGAGACGUAUUUUUGUUCUAUCACACCCAGAUUUGUGCCUUUCUCUCUCUCUCUCUCUCUCUCUUUUGUCAUGAAUUUUGUGUUCUAUUGCACUCAGCCUUGUGUCUCUUUCUCUAUCUCAAUCUCAAUCUUUCAUUCCUUUGAGACGUAUUUUGUUCUAUCACACCCAGAUUUGUGCCUUUUUCUCUCUCUCUCUCUCUCUUUUGUCAUGAAUUUUGUGUUCUAUUGCACUCAGCCUUGUGUCUCUUUCUCUAUCUCAAUCUCAAUCUUUCAUUCCCUCUUGAGACGUAUUUUUGUUCUAUCACACCCAGAUUUGUGCCUUUCUCUCUCUCUCUCUCUCUCUUUUGUCAUGAAUUUUGUGUUCUAUUGCACUCAGCCUUGUGUCUCUUUCUAUCUCAAUCUCAAUCUUUCAUUCCCUCUUGAGACGUAUUUUUGUUCAAUUUGUGCCUUUCUCUCUCUCUUUCUCUUCCUCUUUUUGUCAGAAUUUUGUGUUCUAUUGCACUCAGCCUUGUGUCUCUUUCUCUAUCUCAAUCUCAAUCUUUCAUUCCCUCUUGAGACGUAUUUUUGUUCUAUCACACCCAGAUUUGUGCCUUUUCUCUCUCUCUCUCUCUCUCUCUCUUUUUGUCAUGAAUUUUGUGUUCUAUUGCACUCAGCCUUGUGUCUCUUUCUCUAUCUCAAUCUCAAUCUUUCAUUCCCUCUUGAGACGUAUUUUGUUCUAUCACACCCAGAUUUGUGCCUUCUCUCUCUCUCUCUCUCUCUCUCUCUUUUACGUAUUUUUGUUCUAUCACACCCAGAUUUGUGCCUUUCUCUCUCUCUCUCUCUCUCUCUCUCUCUCUUUUGUCAUGAAUUUUGUGUUCUAUUGCACUCAGCCUUGUGUCUCUUUCUCUAUCUCAAUCUCAAUCUUUCAUUCCCUCUUGAGACGUAUUUUUGUUCUAUCACACCCAGAUCUUUCUCUCUCUCUCUCUUUUGUCAUGAAUUUUGUGUUCUAUUGCACUUUUGUCUCUUUUCUAUCUCAAUCUCAAUCUUUCAUUCCCUCUUGAGACGUAUUUUUGUUCUAUCACACCCAGAUUUGUGCCUUUCUCUCUCUCUCUCUCUCUCUCUCUCUCUUUUAUUUGUGACCUUUUUCUCUCUCUCUCUCUCUCUCUCUUUUGUCAUGAAUUUUGUGUUCUAUUGCACUCAGCCUUGUGUCUCUUUCUCUAUCUCAAUCUCAAUCUUUCAUUCCCCUCUUGAGACGUAUUUUUGUUCUAUCACACCCAGAUUUGUGCCUUUCUCUCUCUCUCUCUCUCUCUCUUUUAUUUGUGCCUUUCUCUCUCUCUCUCUCUCUCUCUCUUUUUGUCAUGAAUUUUGUGUUCUAUUACUCAGUCCUUGUGUCUCUUUCUCUAUCUCAAUCUCAAUCUUUCAUUCCCCUCUUGAGACGUAUUUUUGUUCUAUCACACCCAGAUUUGUGCCUUUCUCUCUCUCUCUCUCUCUCUCUCUUUUACGUAUUUUUGUUCUAUCACACCCAGAUUUGUGCCUUUCUCUCUCUCUCUCUCUCUUUUGUCAUGAAUUUUGUGUUCUAUUGCACUCAGCCUUGUGUCUCUUUUUCUAUCUCAAUCUCAAUCUUUCAUUCCCUCUUGAGACGUAUUUUUGUUCUAUCACACCCAGAUUUGUUCCUUCUUAUAUUUUUCUCUCUCUCUCUCUCUCUCUCUCUCUCUCUCUUUUAUUUGUGCCUUUUCUCUCUCUCUCUCUCUCUCUCUUUUGUCAUGAAUUUUGUGUUCUAUUGCACUCAGCCUUGUGUCUCUUUCUCUAUCUCAAUCUCAAUCUUUCAUUCCCUCUUGAGACGUAUUUUUGUUCUAUCACACCCAGAUUUGUGCCUUUCUCUCUCUCUCUCUCUUUUGUCAUGAAUUUUGUGUUCUAUUGCACUCAGCUUUGUGUCUCUUUCUCUAUCUCAAUCUCAAUCUUUCAUUCCCUCUUGAGACGUAUUUUUGUUCUAUCACACCCAGAUUUGUGCCUUUCUCUCUCUCUCUCUCUCUCUCUCUCUCUCUCUCUCUUUUGUCAUGAAUUUUGUGUUCUAUUGCACUCAGCCUUGUGUCUCUUUCUCUAUCUCAAUCUCAAUCUUUCAUUCCCUCUUGAGACGUAUUUUGUUCUAUCACACCCAGAUUUGUGCCUUUCUCUCUCUCUCUCUCUCUCUCUUUUAUUUGUGCCUUUUCUCUCUCUCUCUCUCUCUCUCUUUUGUCAUGAAUUUUGUGUUCUAUUGCACUCAGCCUUGUGUCUCUUUCUCUAUCUCAAUCUCAAUCUUUCAUUCCCUCUUGAGACGUAUUUUGUUCUAUCACACCCAGAUUUGUGCCUUUUCUCUCUCUCUCUCUUUUGUCAUGAAUUUUGUGUUCUAUUGCAGUCAGCCUUGUGUCUCUUUCUCUAUCUCAAUCUCAAUCUUUCAUUCCCUCUUGAGACGUAUUUUUGUUCUAUCACACCCAGAUUUGUGCCUUUCUCUCUCUCUCUCUCUCUCUCUUUCUCUCUCUCUCUCUCUCUCUCUCUCUCUACUCCCUUACACGAUUUAUAUCUAUCUAUCUAUCUAUCUAUCUAUCUAUCUAUCUAUCUAUCUAUCUCAUCUAUUCGGAUCUAUCUAUCUAUCUAUCUAUCUAUCUAUCUAUCUAAAGCCUUUUAUGAUCUCACUAUUAUUAAGCUUUUCAGAUCUAUCUCAGCCUUUUCAGAUCUAUCUAUGUAUCUAUCUCAUCUAUUCGGAUCUAUCUAUCUAUCUAUCUAUCUAUCUAUCUAUCUAUCUAUCUAUCUAUCUAUCUAUCUUAGCCUAUAUUCAUUACGAACUUCCUUGGCCAAUCUAUCCAAGAAUGUCGGCUAUUUGGCAGUUAUUCCUCCUUACACAUACCAUCAGUCGAUAUGCAACAUUCACAUAGGAUGCUCAAGUGGCUUGAAUCCAAGUAAAACAUUUUGCGUUUUUUCUUCAAUAAAAAUGAAGACAAAAGUACAUCCCGAAUGUGUCUUUUUCCUUUCUUUCUUUCUUUCUUUCUUUCUUUCUUUCUUUCUUUCUUUCUUUCUUUCUUUUUUCUUUCUUUCUUUCUUUCUUCUUUAA